AUGCAACUGAAUGCAUCGAGGAUCAAAAAUCUUCAAGCACAAGAAGACUUUGGCAAUGCAGUGAAAGAAGAGGCUGCAAAGCAACUCCUCAAAGUCAACGAACAUGGCUUCUUCAACCAUCAUCACCAUCAGUAUAAACAUCUCUUGAAAUACCUCAUUGUUCAGUGUUUGCUUAGACUUAAAGAGCCGUCGGUGUUGCUGCGUUGUCGCAAGAAAACCUUCACAUUGUGGAGUCUAUGUUGGACGAUGCAACUGAAGAAUACUGCGAGAAAGCAUAGGUUCAUGCUCCUGAGAUCAUUGUUGACAAGGACAUUUUCCUUCCUCAUGCUCCUUCAGAUGAUGAUCCUCAUGCCCCUUACUGCUAACUUUCUUGAUACCAAAAUCACUUGCGAACUAUAA